CCAAACGCGGCCCCGAUAAUCAGUCAGUCCUGUUUCCGACAGAGCUUGGCCAACACCUUUAAUGGUGCUUCAAUAAGGAUGUCGAUAUGCAAAGCAGCCAUUCGCCAAUGGCCUCGUUACCUCCGUCGCCAGGCGCCAUUCACCUCUAUCCUGCAUCUUAGCCGGCCGGUGCUCCAACAUCCUGCCCUUCGCCGUACUUACGCUUCUUCCAUCUCCGCCGCGGAGCUCAAAUUCGGCCAACCGCUACACGAGACACAUCCCCAUAUACUGAACCCGGGAGAACUCACACCUGGGAUAACGGCUCUCGAGUAUGCCCAGCGCCGGUCACGACUCGCCAACAGAUUACCCAAACAUGCUGUCGCCGUGCUAGCUGCAGCGGAGGUUACAUACCGUGCUUCAGGGAUAUUCAAUGAGUACCGACAGGACUCAAAUUUCUUUUACCUGACUGGUUUCAACGAACCAAAUGCGUUAGCCAUCAUUGCGAACGAUGGGUCCGGGAAUAACCACCUUUUUCACCUCUACGUCCGGGAGAAGGAUGCGAAGGCUGAACUCUGGGAUGGAGCUCGGUCAGGUACUCGUGCGGCAAUUGACGUUUUCAAUGCGGACGAAUCGGGUGACAUUGAACGCAUCGGAGAUCUCCUCCCUAAGAUCCUUGCGGAUGCCACCGAAAUCUAUACGGAUAUUCCGGCCUUCAAUCCUGGAAGGUCAUCACUGCACCGGUACCUGUACGGUCCGACGGGGGCAUCCGACAAGCUCAAGAAAAUGGUCGACUACCGGAAAGUUAAGUCAUUGCGCUCCAUACUCAACGAGAUGAGAGCCUUCAAGAGCGAGGAUGAAGUUGUGCAAUUGCGUCGUGUUGGACAGGCUUCCGGGCGAGCGUUCACCGAGUCCAUGAGGCAGACAUUCACCAAAGAAAAAGAUCUGGCUGCUUUCUUGGAGUACAACUUCAAGCGCAAUGGCUGUGAUGGCAGCGCAUUCGUUCCAGUUGUCGCGGGUGGAUCCAACGCUCUGAGUAUUCACUACACCAGAAACGAUGACGUCUUGAGGGGUGGGGACAUGGUUCUAGUCGAUGGAGGUGGCGAGGCGGGCACUUACAUUUCCGACAUCACCAGAACCUGGCCGGUUAACGGCAAAUUCUCCGAUCCUCAGCGUGAUCUGUACAACGCGGUACUGAACGUGCAUCGCAACUGCAUCUCUCUCUGCAGGGAAGAUGCCGGUCUCACCCUAGACCGGCUACAUACCAUUGCCGAGAAUGGCCUACGAGACCAAUUGAUACAGCUUGGGUUUGAUGUCUCUGGAGAUGCCAUGGGCGUUCUUUUCCCUCACCACCUGGGUCAUUAUGUGGGCCUUGAUGUCCAUGAUUGUUCUGGGUAUUCCCGCGGCUACAACCUUAAAGCAGGCCAGUGCAUCACCGUGGAGCCUGGUAUCUACGUCCCAGAUAACGACCGCUGGCCGGAGAAAUUCCGGGGUAUCGGAAUCCGCAUUGAGGACAGCGUCUGUGUCGGUGAUGACAGUCCCAUUGUACUGACCAUGGAGGCCGUCAAAGAGGUCGAUGAUAUCGAGGCUCUCCGUGAUUAGGGGCUGAGGACAGGAGUCGUGUACAGAUAGAUACCCUUGCAUAUGAAUGUAAAAUAGUGAACCAGAUACUGGAAGCUAGUGAGCAGACAAAUAAAGGCCCGGUUGAGUAAGAAGUAAACAGAUAACAAUCCGGUUUGGGGUGGUUCGUGUGGUGUAGACGUCACCAGUAUUACCCGUAUCCAAAACACAUGGACGCGUGAGUGGGGUUGUGUUGUAUGUAUCUCCGUAAGGAUCUAGCAAGACAACCUAGGGCUUCAAUAGUAAUGCAAUCCCUCACUUAUCCCGGGAAGGGAUAUCUGCAGCGAGUACUCCAUACAUGUCCUAAUCAGUCGCAAG